ACCUUCUUCUUUACUGCAUAAAAUGAAAAUGACUACUGAAUUCUUCAUCAAUUGAAGCCUUUCUUCUUCAACAAUGGAAGCUUUUGCAUACCAAAACCCUCAUCCUGAUUCAGCAAUUCAAAAACAAAAAUGGUUUUCUGAUGAAUUUCUCUACAAAUUUAAGGGCUCUUGGAUUUGGUCAACUUAUCUUGAAUCCACAAAAAAGGUUGUUGAGAAUUUCAAGCCACUUCCAACUGAUGUAAUUCUUGCUUCCUUCCCCAAAACUGGCACUACAUGGCUUAAAGCUCUUUUACAUUCCAUUAUUUUCAGAUCUUCAGAAGAAAAAUCCCUGAUUUUCAACCACCCCCAUGAACUCAUUCCAUCUCUAGAAACAAAACUAUUUCUUGAAUCCAAUGGAAAAGACCCUGAAUUUACUGAUCAAAAAGUUAGAAUUCUUGGAACCCAUAUUCCUUACCAGAUUAUAGGCGAUGUCCUCAACUCCUCAGAUUGUAAAAUUGUUUAUGUUACAAGAAAUCCAAAGGACACUCUCGUUUCCCUUUGGCAUUUCAUACAAAAAGCAAAGAAAUUCCACGAAGAUCCAUGGACACUAGAGGCUGCUGUUGAUCAGUUCUGCAAUGGGGUUUUACCUUUCGGCCCGUAUUAUGAUCAUGUUUUGGCUUACAGGGAAGAAAGCCUUAAAAGGCCUUGGAAAGUAUUCUUUGUUACCUUCGAGGAACUUAAGGAAGAUGGAAACAAACAAGUGAAAAGAUUGGCUGGAUUUCUUGGGUGUCCAUUUGAAGGUGAAAAUGCAGAAGAAAAAAUUGAGGAAAUUGUGAAAAGUUGUGGCUUUGAAACGUUGAGUAAUCACGAAGUUAACAAGUCGAGUGAGACGCCAGAGUGUUUUCCAUUGCCGUAUAAUUCAUUUUUCAGAAAUGGGAAAGUUGGUGAUCACAUAAACUACUUGAAGCCUGAAAUGAUUCACCAAAUUGAUGCUAUUACAAGACAAAAGUUUCAUGCUUCUGGAUUUGUUUAUGGAAUCUAAUUCAGAUGAUUCAACAGUUGUGUUUCAAACUCGAAAGACAUGUCCCAACUCCAAUGUUUGGAAUUUAUUUCAGUUGUUUCGACAAUUGUGUUUUGAACUCGAAAGACAUGUCCCAACUCCCAUGUUUGUUAUGUUGGAUGGCGGUAGUGUCUGCAAUUCUACUAUAUAGUUAUGUGUACCAUUUGUUCAAAACUAGGAUUAAGCGUGUCUGUUUCAUGAAGAAUGUGUGGUUGAAAUGAUGUCAAAUUAUAUUUAAGAAUGUAUUUUUUUGAAAAAAUAUAGC